AAAAUGCAUCUUCUCUUCUUUCCAUCCCCAUUGCCUUCUCUUUGUCCAUGCCUUCGACUGCCGGCAAACUUCGGGUGGGAAGAUGUCGUUCGGCCAUAAAAAUAAAAAACCCUAAAGAGUGUUGCUCAAACUUUUUCGGACAUUUUCUCCAAAUUUUGAAAUUCUUUAAUUGACAAAGUUCGCACACCUCAAAAUCCUAUUCCAAUCUUACCCAUCUCAGUUUUAGGUCGAAAACGUGAGAAAAGUAUCCGGCAUCUACAGUUUUAGUGAAGCUGAUCUAAAGACGAUUGUUGAUUUGUUAUCCAAUAAUGCUCUUUGGUGAGAGCACCUUGGAAACCCACUAUGAUAUUCUGUCUGUGAGAGAAGAUGCAAGUUACGAGGAAAUCCGUACAAGCUAUCGAUCUGCCAUUCUUAAUCAUCAUCCUGAUAAAUUGCGUGGGUCUGAGGCAUCUGAACGUGACAACGGAUCAGGAGAUAGAUUUCUUAAAGUACAGAAAGCUUGGGAAGUCCUCAGCAAUUCUAGAUCACGUGCAAUAUAUGAUAGUGAGCUGAGAGUUUCAAGACAGGAUACAGCUGCUGCAGAGGAUGUUAACUUAGAGGAUAUGGUAGUUGAAGUCGAAGAUGAUGGAGAAGUAGUGGAACUAUUUUAUCAGUGUCGAUGUGGUGAUUACUUUUCUGUUAAUUCUUUGGAAUUGAGUAAAAUAGGAUACACAUUGUUAAGGAAUGAGAAUAUGAUUUCUUUUCAAACUUUGAAUGCUUCUCCAGCAUCAGUUAUUCUUUCAUGUGGUUCUUGUUCACUGCAAGUUCGUUUAUUGAUCAAAGGUUCCUGUUGACAAACAUUUGUG